ACUGACGAGAAAAGUUCUCCCUGCUACCUCGCGACCUCGCUCUUACGACGGCCCUACACUCUAAUCCAGGUACCCUCGGUAACACCCGAUUAUCUUCCAGGCAAGGACCGCCACGUCAACCAAACCCGGUGCAGUCCACCGACUGGCUGGGUGAGGCGACCAAUCCGGACCAUAUUGUCACAACGGCCACUUCGAUUUGUGAAGUGACCUUUCCGUGAGGGUAUUCCGGACCCAGACAAGACGAACUAUGUCGCCUCAUCUGAUAUUUGGGCUCGUCAAAGCCUAUAGGGGACUGACAAAUCGCUCACCAGAGACAGCAAAGGGCAGACAGACCCCUCACUUCCCCAGCUUUUGGCAAUCAUGUCGCUGCUUCGGGCGAUUCUCCGAUGGGAAAUUGCAAGCUGGGGGCCCAUGGUUCUGUUGAAAAUCAUCGAUAGGCGUUGAGCGCGGAUGAGGCACAAGGCAACGCCCACCACGCACAAUUCUUUCUUGUCCUCCAUGAAGCGACGUCGACAGCGUCAUGCUUCCCUUCCCGUGGCUUCCUUUUUCAUCAAGCAGAGUCUUUGCCUCACUAUGGGCGGAUACUGUGUAGCUGCCAUUUGCAUAUGCAACCAUCUCGAUGCCCGUGGGUCGAGGUUGCAGGGAAAGCAUGGGGGAGGUCGGCAAGAGGGUGUAGGGCGAACCAGGGGCCCAUUGGCCAGCAUUGAUUCACCCACCCAGGCCUGCAAGCUUUUCGGUCCCGGGAGUCGAGUUGUGUCUUGGAGGGCCCGAGUCUGCCUCUGUUCACUGCCAUUGUUAUCUUGGUGAGGAGUCGGCAUCAAGCGAUGCCCUCUCUCAUCAGCUAAAGAGAAAGAUAUCGCUACAAACCUGCGCCAUCGACGUUACGUAUACAACUCCCGUCGGCCGUCUAGUCUUGCCCUCAUGAGUCCCGUCCCUCGGUCUGCCCAAACCCGCUCCUAGGGCGGCCGGGUUAUCUCAAGCGAGUUAGGCAUUGUGCUCUUCUCGAGCUGCAUGUUUCUGCAAGUGGCUGGCCCCCGUACCAAUCAACUUUUAAUCGCUCGACAGGCUCCCUUGUUCCGCAGAGGGUCGGCCGACGUGGAGAAGGUGCACACCCACUUCCGGACCCCAUGUCACCAUUGUCACCCUCACAUGCAAUGGCGGGUGGGGUCCAUGUUGGCGUCCCCCUUUCCGUUCUCUAGAGCCAUUGGCACCAAUAAGCGCACGUCGUACCCCCUGUCUCUCCCAUAGUGCGAGCACCACACACAGCAGGCCGAGGGUGACAUGUCCCAAAAGAGCACAAGAUGCACACAUUCACACGGGACUAUGUAUGUGGGCUAAUAAAGUGAAGUGGGCCAAAAACGGAAAGGAGGUUAAUUUUGCCCGCAAUGUUCAAAAAUAGAACACUGCAAAUUCACCCCAAAGUCGUCAAGACACACAGCCAAGAUAUAAGAAUUAGCCCGCUUCGCUCCCCCCUCCUCCCAUUUGUUUCCCCUUCUCUCGAGCAGGUCCCCAAACGAAGUGAAGAAGUCGGAGUAUCCCCAGGUGUUGUCGUCCAGUCCAGUCCAGUCCAACCGACUCUCACCUCUCUCUCUCUCAUUUUUUUAAUUACGCCUUAUUCCACGCCGACCAACCAAGAGAGCUGUGUCUCUACUCGGCAUUUCAGCGUUCAUUAGCACCCCCAUUCCCGAUACCAGAUAACGCAAGCCGGACUUGCUUGGAUAUCCAGUCGUUCUCUCGAAACAAAACAACACGAUACAGUAAUCUAAUACUAGCUCUCUGGUCUGGCAACCAUUCCUCCGCGAGGACUUGCUUUGCUUCACCAGAUUUGCCCCCGGACAUCUGGACCUUGAACACGAGCGAGGGCACCCCCGGUUCACCUGGUCUCUUCCCGCUCUCCUCGGCCCAGUCCAAGCCCCACCCCACCCCCCCCGGCCCAGCCCUCACACGCCCCCCUUGACCCCCGACCACCUCCGCCCAAGGGUCACCCCCACACCCCUGGUGCUUGUCGCUCAACGCAGGUACUUGGACCUACAGAAGGGUUUAUACAAAUGUCAACACUACCCCCCAACCACCACGGAGACUUCAUGAAAUCAUCCCAAGUCAACAUGGCUACCACCACCACGACAACGACGACGACAACAACAAAGGCCAAGGCUGCCUCCAAAGCUCAGGCCAGUGCCGCUGCCAACCCCAAGCAAAAGACGCAGAUGCAUCGCCGCUCAAGAACAGGAUGCUAUACCUGCAGAUUAAGAAGAAAAAAGUGCGACGAGGGCUCGCCCAUGUGCACUGCCUGCAAGCAUCUUGGCCUGGUAUGCGAAUACAAGCGGCCGAUGUGGUGGAGCAACAACGAUGCGCGGAGGAAGCACAAGGAUGAUAUUAAGAUGAUCAUCAAGCGCAAGAAGCUUUCCGAGAAGUCAACACACAGCAUCCAGACCUCGGUCAACUCACCGCCAGGUCUCUCUCACUCGCUCCCAACCUCUGCUACCUUCUCCGACCCCUUCGACCGCACCCGAUCACAGUCGAUUGAUUCGCAGUUUGCUUUCAACUUCAACAGCCCACAAAGCGACUUCAGCUCCUUCAGCGCGCCACAGAUGCACCCCGACUUUUUGUUUGCUCCGUACUCGCCCUAUGAGAUUGACGUCAAGACGGAGAGGCAAAUGUUCAUCAACGACAUCCCAACCCUCAGAGAGUCAACAACAGCCACUUUCAGCACCUAUCAGACCCCUCCGCCACCGGGAACAGUCCUCCCCCAGUUCCCUCUGGAAGGCGAAUGGACGGAGCAGGUGUACACGGAGCGGAGGGAGUCAUUGGCCGAGGAGACGCUCAACGUCAACUUCUUUGACUUUGCCCAGGGACCUUCGGUGUCUUCCAGGCAAGUCGCAAUUGAGCUGGAUGAAGGCGAUCAGCGCUUGUUUGAUCACUUCAUCUCGUCGGUUCUUCCCACCAUCUUCCCCAUCCUCGAGUCAAACCAGCAUGGAUCCAUCAGCUCCGACCUCAUCCUCCCGGCGCUGGAGAGCAACAAGGGCUACCUGCACUGCUGCUUGAGCAUCGCCGCUCAGCACUACAAGGCCGCCAUGGGUCUUGAGGGUGAGGAGAUUGAUGGCGACAUCAUGCGCCACCGCUACGCGACCAUCUCUGCUCUGUGCGAAGCCCUCGCACGCGACGAGGACCACCAGCAGAUUCUGGAGGCCGCCCUCGGGCUCAUCUUCUUCCAAUGCGGCGUCGGCCGCUUCGACGACACGCUGCCCGACAUUCCCUGGCACCAGCACUUCCAAGCCGCCAUCUCGUUGGUGCAGAAGCUCGACCUCCCGCGCAUCGUCUCGGACCCCAACGAGCCUUUGACUCAGGCCCCCUUCAACAUGACCCUCACCGCGUGGAUUGACAUUCUCGGCGCCACCAUGCUCGGUCGCGCUCCCGCUUUCGCCCACACCUACCGCGAGAAGCACCUGUCUCCCACCAACCCCAGCUUGGGCUUGCGCGAGCUGAUGGGGUGCGAGGACCGCGUCAUGUACCUGAUCAGCGAGAUCGCCUGCCUUGAGGCCCUCAAGAAGGACGGCAUGGAUGACAUCACCCUCUGCCAACACGUCCACGUUCUUGGCGACCAGAUCGGUUUGACCGAGAUGGGCGAUGAGUCCGUCCCGGUUCUUCCCUUCAACGCCAACGGCACCCUCAGCCCCAAGCAGCUCUCCAAGAACAUCACGGCCGCCUUCCGCCUCGCCGCCAGGAUCUACCUCUGCAGCCUCGUCCCUGGCUUCCACCCCAGCCAGGCGAGCUGUGUCGGUCUUGUCGAGAAGCUCACUUCCGUCUUGGCCACCAUUCCCUCUGGCACCGCCGGCUUCGACCGUUCUCUUUCCUGGGUCUACCUCGUCGGUGGCUCCGUCUCCGUUCCCGGCUCCUCCUUCAGGGCUUUCUUCGAGGACCGCGUCGCGCAGCUGGUCGACCUGGCCAACUUCGGCAGCUUUGGCAAGGUGACUUGCCUGUUGAGGGAGAUUUGGCUCCAGAGCGAGGUCAUCAGCAGGGCUUCGUCUCCUGGCUCCAACAACGAGGAGGUGCAGCAGCAGCAGCCACCCGCGUACAUCCACUGGAGGGAUGUGAUGCAGAUGAAGGGGUGGGAUUACCUUCUCAUUUAAAACAUUUUUUUACUUUCGCAUUUUUCUUUUGAUAGGAAAGACAAACCACCGCGAGGUGUCUUUUUUGAGGGGACAGAGAGACAGGGGGGACGACAGCACUCAUCACUGGAUCAUGGGGCACAACAACAUUAACCUUCCUUCCUUCUGGGACUGGAAAGGAACGGUUUUUCUUCUUUUCUACUUUAUUUUCUUUCACUUUUGGCAUGUGGAUAAUUGGGAUUAUGUGGGAUUGGAAAUGAUAUUUUGGAUACCCCUCUGGAAAGGAAAGCAUGAUACCUGGAGUUUUUUUUUUUGGGAGGUUUUAUAUACCAUUGGGUUAUUUAUGUGUGUGUUGAAAGAUGAUACAUGGCAUAUCAUGAGGGGUUGGGUGUCGCGGGAGAGGGGAGGAGGAAUCUUACAUUGAAUUUGCGACACCUGGGGAAGAAGAAGAGCAAAAAAAGCCCAAAAAUGAAUAAAAAACAAGAGAAUAAAUUUUUAAAAAUUAUGGCAAUGAUGCUCGGGAUGGUUGAUCAUGUGACUGCUUGCACUCUUACCGGGAGCCACACUCGCUGGCAAACAAACCUCUCUGCUUCCCUCUGUUCCCUUCCAAACUUGGAAAAAUUGGUCCAAGGUGUAUAUUAGGUAAGUACCUAAGCAGCGAAUGUUCAACCACUUUGACUCAGCUCCUUCUGGUGUUCUUUACCAUCAGGAAAGUUUAAACCCUUGUUUCUCACUCAUGACCUUUAACUCUCAUCAGCAACAGUCAACCCAUUCUCGAUCCAUCAGAUUUUCCAAAAUGUGAAUAGGGAUAAAACGGCAGAGGACUUGAAUUCUUUCGACUCCCAUCAUCAACUCCCAUCAUAAAAACAGCUCGCUCACCUAACAACCGGCGUAAGCCUCACAUUGACAGGCCCCUUCUCCCAGAGCACAUAAAUCCUCUGCCUAUUCCACUCCUCACUCUCUGGCAUCAACUCCAAGUCGAAAUUCCACAACAACCUCGCCAUGAUCAACCUCAUCUCAGCAUACGCCAAAUUCCUCCCAAUACAAUUCCUCGGCCCGACCGAAAAAGGCUGCAGCACCCCCCGCACAUCAUCAGCAUAUCUCGGGUCGCCGAGCCAGCGUUCGGGGACAAAUUUCUGAGGAUCGCGAAAGUUCGAAGAGGAUUGGUACGAGGCCCAUUGAGGGACUGCUACUGAUGUCUGUGUUUGCUCAAGAGUCAAUUGGCUGGACACGGGGGAGGUUCGUCUUGCUUACAUUACCGGGAAUCCAAUACCCUUCUAUAUACUCCCCCUUUGGGGGAACCCGUCUCGGCAAAGCGAGCGGUGUUGGGGGAUCUAUUUCCAUCAACACCACCACCACCACUAAUUUUGAGAUGAAGAAAAACUUACACAUCCUAAACCCCUCCUCCAAAACCGCCUCCAAAUACUCCAACCCCCCCACCGCUACCAAAUCAAUCUCGUCCUCCCUGCCAAACCUCCCCCUAAUCUCCUUGACCAGUUUGUCAUACUUGUCCCUGUUCUUCAACAACCAAAACGUCGUCCCGCUCAGCUGCGUAGCAGUAGUCUCACUCCCAGCGAUAAUAAGCAAACUACUAUUCUCUAUAAUCUCCCCCUCGCUCAUCCCCUUCUCGUCAUUAUGCCUCAGGAUAUAGCUCAUGAAGUCCCCCCUUUCCGUCCCCCCUGCCUCGAGCCGUUUCUUGGCUGUCUUCUCGCUCAACGCCCGGUGCUCCUUUUGGCUUUGUAUCAGGUGCUUAGGCAAGAGGAAUGUCUUCAGACAGCCGAGAAAAGGGUGGCGACGGAGAACCUCGAAAAACACGCCGAGCUUGAUGUUGGAGAAGAUGAGGGAUACCCAGGGGUGGUAGGCGGCUGAAUCGAGGCAGUUGAAGGGCUGACCAAAGGCGAGGUCGCCGAUCAGGUCAAAGGUGGUGAAGUUGAACCACUGGACUAUGUCGACUGCUACCUUGGCGUUGGCUUUGGCGGUGAGCUUGGUGAUGAGGAG